AUGCAGCUCAAGGCGUUGAUCUCACUGUGCCUUAUUGGCCAGGCCGUAGCCCAGGCUACCACCGAGUCCCAGCCUUCGGCAUCUCAGACUUUGCCGCCUUCACCUACUGGUUCCAUCUGCCACCCUCACGGUGAUCACUGGCACUGCGAGCCCACAUCGACGGCCGUGGUUGUCAGCACGCAGUCAGCAACAGGGACGUGCACACCUCACGGAGACCACUGGCACUGUCCAUCUGGAGUCCCCAAGCCGACGACAUCUCCUGCUCAGACCCAAAGCAGUGCCUCGGCCAGUUCGACCGGUGGGCACGACCAUGAUGACCAUGACCACGGCGACGGCGACGGCAAGGAGUGUACGCCUCACGGCGACCACUGGCACUGCCCGUCGGGCGUUUCUUCACCCACGUACCCUCCUACUGCCGUCUCGACCAAGGCCACGACCAAGGCUCCCUCGGGCACAGCUUCCGGCAGCGCUGCCAGCGCCACCUCCACAACUGCCACUGCCGGUGCCGGUCGUACCAACGCCGUGUUGGGGGCUGCGUCCCUCGUCGGCGCCGUCUUGGUCGCGGCCGUGAUGGCGUAA